ACAGAUCAACCACGCUCAAUGCAGACAGUCAGCAGUGUGCUCAAGCAGGUGAAACAGCUCAUUCCUCCACUCGACGGCACUCUACACAAGGGUCAAUCAGGUCGGGUAGGCGUCUUUGGUGGUGCACUAGAUUAUACCGGCGCACCAUACUUUGCUGCCAUCUCUGCGCUUCGAUACGGCUGCGAUCUCUCCCAUGUAAUAUGCUCCCCGACUGCUGCUGGUGCUAUCAAGAGCUACUCUCCCGAUUUAAUCGUUCAUCCCCUUUUGCGUGAAGAAGCAACUCCAGACCAGAUUUCCCCUGAGCUCAAUUCGAUACUCUCUCGUCUCCAUGUACUUGUCGUUGGUCCUGGGCUAGGUCGAGAACCAUACAUGCAGUCUUUCGCAAAAAUUGCAAUCUCUCUCGCUCGUCAGCAAGGAAUGUUCGUCGUCUUGGAUGCUGACGCUCUGUGGUUAGUGGGCCAAGAUGUAUCAGUCAUUAAAGGCUAUCGCCGCGCUGUUGUCACUCCAAAUGUGGCAGAAUUUGCCCGGUUGAGCCAGCAGCUAGGCAUUGACAAGGAUAGUCCUGUCGAAACGCGGGCUGGGCUAGUUUCGCGUGCGCUGGGUGGGGUCACUGUGCUACAAAAAGGCGCUACGGACAUAAUCUCGAUUGAUGCGAGUGGUUCAACAUCCGAGUUAGAUGAACCAACCAAAGAGACCGUUUCGGUGGGCGUUCAAGGCGGUCUUAAGCGAUGUGGUGGUCAGGGAGACAUUCUGAGCGGUACAGUGGGUACAAUGUUAGCUUGGGCAAAGUGCUACGAAGAUGGAAUCUUCGGUGAUAAAUCGUUAGCCACCUCGCGUCUCCCUUUGCUUGCUGCAGUCGGUGGGAGCUUAGUGACCCGAACAGCCAGUCGGAGGGCAUUUGAUAAAGAGGGCCGUGGUGUAGUUACACAAGACAUGUUGCCCGAGAUUGGCAAGGCGUUUUCAGAGGUGUUUGGAGAAGAGACGCAGGGCCAGGACAAGGGUAAACUGUAA